AUGGGUGAACACCCGGCGGGAAUUGCUACAGUUGGUGGAUCAUCAACCGAAUUUCAGAUUGGGCAAUCCUUCCAGAGUAAAGAUGAAGCUGUUCUUAGUGUGAAGGACUAUAGCAUCCGUCGAGGUGUUGAGUACCGAGUGUUGGAAUCGGACCAUUUGAAGUAUCAUGGAAAGUGCAAGGAUUUCGGCAAAAGUUGUAGUUGGCUGAUUCGGAUUUCGCUCCGUGCACGAAAAGGCACCUGGGAGAUUGAUGAGUCAACAGUGUACUUUCAUCGUCUGUUCUGGACAUUUCCACCUUGCGUUGAGGCCUUCCAACAUUCCAAGCCGCUUGUGAGUAUUGAUGGUACCCACUUGUACGGCAAAUAUGGAGGCACCUUACUGUUGGCGAUUGCACAGGAUGGGAACUCAAACAUCCUCCCGAUAGCAUUCGCCCUUGUGGAGGGAGAAAAUGCCGAGUCAUGGGCUUUUUUCUUGUCCAACUUAAGAACGCAUGUGACUCCACAGGAGGGUAUCCUUGUUAUCUCAGACAGGCAUAACGGUAUCAAGUCUGCACUUGAGGAUCCUGUGAAUGGUUGGCUGCCCCCACGUGCUUAUCGGGCGUACUGUAUCCGUCAUGUGGCAGCAAAUUUCAGCCUUUCUUUUAAAGGUAAAGAUGCGAGAAGAAUGCUGGUUAAUGCUGCGUACGCAAAAACUGAGGCGGAGUUCUAUUACUGGUUCGACAUCAUGCGUACAGAGAAUCCGGCCAUGUGUGACUGGGCGAACCGGAUGGAGUAUGAGAAGUGGACGCAACACCAGGAUAGCAGUAGACGGUUCGGGCACAUGACGACAAACAUCAGUGAAUGUGUUAACUCCGUCUUAAAGGGAACUCGCAACCUCCCGGUCACGUCGUUGGUAAAGUCCACAUACGGAAGGCUUGCUGAGCUAUUCGUUCUCCAGGGGCAAACAGCAGAGGCGCAAGUUGGAUCUGGACAAGAAUUUUGUCAGGCAUUGGUCAAGGGUAUUGAAAGGAACAUAAGAGAGUCAAGGUGCUUCACCGUCACCUUGUACGACAGGCACCAGUCGGAGUACACGGUUGCUGAGAUGACACCGACUGGAAACUUCUCGUUAGGUAGCUAUAGAGUCUCGCUGAAGGAUCACACAUGUGAUUGUGGGUACUUUCAGGCACUCCAUUAUCCAUGUUGUCACGCGAUUGCUUGUUGCACCCACUCGCGGCUUAAUUGGGCAGCAUAUGUGCAUGAGGUGUAUCGUAUGAGUGAGGUGUUCAAAGUUUACAGUCACGGGUUUGUUCCGCCCAUCCCAGAAGGCCUAUGGCCACCAUAUGCCGGGCCAACUAUCAUCCCUGAUCCUAACAUGAGGCGAGCGAGGGAAGGUCGUCCGAAGGCAACUAGGAUCCGCGGUGCCAUGGAUCGAUCUGCUGAGAACCAGCCCAAGCGCUGUGGCCUCUGUCGACAGCCAGGUCAUAUGCGGAGGAACUGUGGCCAGCGAAGAGAUAUUGCUGGCAGGGAUAAUUAG